AUGGGCCAAGCGUCGAGUGUUGGAAAACGAGAAGCCUCUUACGACGUGGAAUAUUGCAACUCGAAAAUUGUAUCAUCAUCGUCGUUAUCAUCAAAUGAAGAUGUAUUGAAUCACGGAACUGCUUCAAGCCCGAAAGAUUCUUCUUGUUCAUCAUCAUCAUUCAGUAAAAAUUCGCCUUCUCUUCAUGUGCAGGUUGAUCAAGAUAAAUAUUCUGACGAACAACACCAAAAAAAGAAGAAUCACAAAGAAAAACAAGAAAAAAGAUUGAAACAUCCAAUUCUGAACGAUGAUGUCAUUUCAAUUAUUUUGAGUUUUUUAGAUGUCAAAAAUCAAUUACUGGUUUGCGCCAGCUCAAAAUCACUAUAUGACAAUUUCAUUCAAAGUAUUCUGUAUAAUAAGUAUUUUUAUGAAUGUGCCGUUCAGUUUGCCAUUCCGAGCUUGUUUCCAUUCUGCCAAUCGUGUUAUGAAUUUAUGUCAAAAGAAUGUGAAAAAUUAUAUCAACACAAACGAAAUACAACAAUAGAAUCUGAACAGCAUCUCUCUGAAAGUUUUAUGUGGAGAAGAUUUAUUUAUUUAUUAACAAGCUCUCAAUUUUUACAAUUUUCAACCACUAUUGAAAACCUUGUUGUGGAAGAAAAUGGAUAUUUUGCAUCGUUGCAAAUGGAAUAUGCCGGUAAUUUUUCAUUUUCUCUCAACUUUUCUCCAGAUUACUAUCAGGAAGUUGACUCUUUUCAACGAGAAUAUUUAGUGAGUUGCUUAAUUGCACAAAAGAACGAAUCAAAAAAUGUUGCUAUUGGGCUUGGAGAUCAUCAAAUUCUUGACAUGUCAUCGCAACAUCGAUUUUUGGGUUAUCCACAGAAUACUCUGUCUUACUCAAGUGAUGGAAACGUCAAGUUUAAUAUUAUUGAGGGUCCGUGUACUGCAUCUAGGUUUCCUGAUUUCAAAGCAGGUGAUAUUGUUUCAAUGUUUGUUUCUGUAUAUCCUGUUCAGAGGAAUGAGGAAUCACUUUACAGAUAUCGAAUAUUAUUUUUCCUUAAUGGAGAUUUAUGUCACAGUGAUGCUAUACCAACUGAAUUCAUUUCCCUGUGUCCUUUAUUUCCUUCUUUUACCCUUCAUAGCCCGUCUGAUUCUCUGAGGUUACUUUUUAAUCCAAAUAAGAUGUCAGACUUGGACGAGACAAAAACAUCUGAACAAAGCAAAUUGAAAACAGUGUUUAAGAAGCUUUUCAAGUUUUAUUUGCAAUAUUGUAUCCAAGCGGACCAUGCAAAUGCGUUUCAAAAAAAUUGA